CACAGGUCUGCUCCCAUAGUUCCCUGGAGUCCGGUAUGGUGAGCGGGUAGGGGACGCCGGGCGUGCAGGAGGCAGGGGUGUGGAUCAUGCCUCCACCAGCCAGCGCUUCUCCUGCCAUCGGAGGCCGCACCCAGCCUGCCCAUGGCCGGCACGGACCCGUCGCUCUCCGAUGCCUUUCGCAUCCUGGGCAGGGCAGGCCAGGACAAGCUCCUGCAUCUGAAGCACAAGCUGAAGACACUGCGCCCCGGCCGGCGGGGGGCGGACCUCCUGCACGCCAUGGUGCUCCUGACCCUGGGCCAGGAGACCGAGGCCAGGCUCUCCCUGGAGGCCCUGCAGGCGGACGCGGUGGCCCGGCUGCUGGCCCGCCAGUGGGCCGGCAUGGGCAGCAGUGCUGAGGCCACGGAGGAGCCCCCCGACAUAUCCUGGACCGUGGCCCAGCUGUACCACCUGCUCGCCGAAGAGAAGCUGUGCCCGGCCCCCAUGCGGGACGUUGCCUACCGGGCAGCCCUCCACGUUUUCAGCUCCAGGGAUGACCCCCGGCUCAGGGAGCUCCAGGAGGAGGCCCGGAACCGGUGCGGGUGGGACAUCGUGGGGGACCCGGGGAACUUCCAGCCGCUCCACUCUGCCCUGGGCUGCCUCCCGCCAUCCUCCGCCUCGCCCUCUGCGGAGCGCAGCCACCCUCAGCCCAUCGAGGACCCCUUGGGCUGGAGCAGAGGCUGCUCCCUCCGGUCCACCGGCAGCCCGGCUUCCCUGGCCAGCAACUUGGAAAUUAGCCAGUCGCCCACCAUGGCCCUCCUUGGCCAGCACCACAGCCCUCGUGGUCCCAGCAGGCUGUGUGAUGAGCCCCCGGAGCCCCAGCCUGUCCCCGCAGGCCCCCAGGAGCCCGAGGAGAUGAGCUGGCCCACAUCGGAGGAGAUUGCUAACACCCUGGUGCCCUCCGAUAGCCCAGCCUCCGGGCUGCCUGAGGCGGCCUUAGAUGCGAGCCCAGCUGGCCCGUCCAACGCCUCUGAGGCUCCAGGCACCAGCACCCACUACCCAGUGGAAUGUACGGAAGUGACACCAUCCCCCACGUCUCUCCCCUCGCCCUGCAGAAACACCUGCCUCGCCAAGGACCAGGUGCCACUACAAGUUCCCGUGGAAGAUCCUACUUCCCCCGCAGCCCAGCUGUGCCCACCCACCUCCUCGGCCCCCGAGACGUCCCCUCCCAAUCCUUCCCCAUCGGCUCCUCGCUCAGCUCACCCGGCCUCCUCCUCCUCCUCCUCGAGCCCGUGUCCCCCUUCUCCAGAGUUCGAGCCGUCAGAGCAGCAGUUCUUUAACUUCGUGGUCCUGCACGCCAAGGCGGAUGAGCACAUCGCCCUGCGUGUCCGGGAGAAGUUCGAGGCCCUGGGUGUGCCCGACGGAGCCACCUUCUGCGAGGAUUUCCAGGUGCCUGGGCGCAGCAGCCUGCGCUGCCUGCAGGACGCCAUAGACCACUCGGCCUUCACCGUCCUGCUGCUCACGGCCAACUUCGACUGCUGCCUGAGCCAGCACCAGCUGAGCCAGUCGCUGAUGAGCAGCCUCACGCGGCCAGGGUGGCAGGACUGCGUGGUCCCUUUCCUGCCCCUGGAGAGCUCCCGGGCCCAGCUCAGCCCCGACACGGCCAGCCUGCUCGCCGGGCUGGUGUGGCUGGAGGAGCGCUCGCAGAUCUUUGCCAGAAAGGUAGCCAACACCUUCAGGCCUCACAAGCUGCGGGCUCGCAAGGCCAACUGGAGGAAGGAGCAGGACGCCCGGGCCCUGGCGGCCUGGCAGGCGCAGAUGGAGCAGCUCCAGGCAGCUUUCGCGAGCCACAUGACUUUUGGGACUCAGUUGCCCUCUGGGGCCCCGGGGCCCCUGGGAGCCCAGCCACCCUUUCCUACGUACUGGCCCAGCUAUCAGCCACCAACCCUGCCUCCGUGGCUGGCCGGCACCCCCAGCCCAACCUUCCCGCAGCCUCCGGUCUUCCCGCAAGCCUCACCUGUGCCCCCUCAGAGCCCGGGGCUGCAGCCCCUCAUCAUCCACCACGCACAGAUGGUGCAGCUGGGGCUCAACAACCACAUGUGGAGCCAAAGAGGGGCCCCGGCGCCCGAGGAUCAGACCCAGGAAGCGGAAUGACUGAGUGACACAGCCUGACGAUCUUGACUUCAGACC